GGCAGGUAACCAAAAUUGUGUGCGUUUUAUGUGUCAGCUGAGGUCAAACUAACACCUGACCUCAAUAAUCCUCCUUCCAAGAAGUCAUUAUCCUACAGGCUCUCACACUCAUGAGCGUGAUUGUGUAAUCUUAUUUGUUCAGUUAUUACUGUCAAACAUUGUAUGAUGUAUGUUUAUUUACUAUAAUGAAUUAAAUGAAGAGAUAUCACAUUUUAGGAACCAUACAUGAAGAAAUUCACAUCAUUCCAGAGGCUUCACAAACUUUUUUUUUGCACACCAUAAAUGCAAUUAAUAAUGUAAUACAGUUUGUCAAAACAGUUACCAAAAUGAUCUAAUAAGCACUGUUGAAGUGUCUUAUAAUGUGUUACAAUGCAGCAUUUUUUUCUCAACACUCAUCUUUGUGUUGCAGGACAAGGCCAAGCCGGAGACUCAGGCCCAGGCCUUCGGCAACGUGGGCUUCAAUGCUGUGCUGGCCAUGGAUGACCCAGAAGCCCUUGCUCUGGUGAAGCAGCCAGGCUCAGAUGGAUUCAGACUGGACUCAGCUCCUCUGUUCCAGGUGGCAGUAGGCAGAGAGUGGUACAUCCAUACAAUCUACACGGUGCGCUCCAGAGACAACGCCAACCGCCGCGUUGGCAAGAGAAGCGUGGAGUACCACUCCUUCACAGCAGCGAACAGCACCAGGCGUGCAAGGCGUUCGGCCCGAGGUGUACCCACUGCUGCGGCGGACAUCGGCACAGAGAGCAGCCGGGGCAACAACAUCGUGCACAUCUCUCUGGACCGGAGCCGGCAGCGGGCCGGCUCGGUGGGGGAGCUGGCCGAGCGCUGA